ACCCACCUUUAACAUUCAUAUUUUGAUAACUUUUUCUUGUUGUACAUAUGGUUUUUUUGUUAUAUUUUGAUUCAUAAAUCAUAGUUAAUCUUAGUUGCUUUCCUUUCAAUUUUAAAAGUAGUAGAGAGCAGUAAGAGUUAAAAACUUAUUUUUUUGUGGUUGUGGAUGUAAUCGUAAAGGAUAGAUUUAAAAUAAGGGAGUGAAGAGCUCAAUAAUGGUGAAUUUGUUGAAGAAAUUUAUUCAUGAUCGCAUAAUAAUAAUUCAUAUGCAACAUACACAAUUCCUGGAACAACCAACCGUUCACAUGUCCGUGUUUGUUUGCGUUUAAUCUAAGAAAUCCUUCCCGAGGCUCGCUACCGUCCUUGAUCCUCCGUCCCCCAUCAGGCCAAUUGCUAUUUCUGCGGCGGAACUGCGAUGGCAAAAAGACUGCUGAGCUCCAAGCUCUUCGUUAGCAGAUUAUCAUUCUACACCACAAACGAAGAACUGAAGCGAUUGUUUCUGCCUUUUGGCGUGGUAAAAGAAGCUAGGCUCGUUAAGGACCCAAUCACACAAAGGCCUAAAGGGUUUGGUUUCGUCACAUUUGAGUCUGAGGUUGAAGCCCACAACGCCUUGCAGGCCAUGAAUGGCAGGAUUGUAAAUGGAAGGCUGAUAUUUGUGGAAGUUGCAAACCCUAAAAGUCUCAAUGAGGAUCCCGACUCUUGAAAAAUUACCUCUAUUUGUUUUAUUGAUAUUUGUGGAAGUUGCAAACCCUAAAAGUCUCAAAGAGGAUCCCCACUCUUGAGAAAUUACCUCUUUUUGUUUUAUUGUUGCGUGAAAGAAAAUCUUCUGUGGAAUUCUGCCUUGAGAAUCAAAGCCAACUAACUCCUAUGAAAGUUAAAUUCUAUGGGAUGAGCUUAUGUAUUAACUAAUUUGGGUUGGUAAGCAUGGAUUUUUAUUUGAA